AUGGAUGGAGUGGAUGGAGAAACGUACACAUUAAAUGUGACGAGGGAUGAGGCGAAUCGUAUAAAUACAGAUAUGGUAUUCGCAGCUGAAAUGUUGGAUAUAUGCAAGAAAAAUAAAUCUGAUUCACAACAGCCGACAGAACAACUUGAACAGACAUCACAGAAUAAUUAUUCUGGAACAGUACAAGAAGAACAGACAGCUGAAGUUGAUGUCAAUGUAUUUAAAUGGCCUCAUGAGGCCAUAUUACUUCUUAUUGAAGAAUAUAGAAAAACUGCCGACAAUUUCUGUUCAGGGAAGAUUUCCCAAAAAAAGAUUUGGCAAUCAAUAGGAGAUGAACUGUUAAAAAAAUCUUACAAUGUAACUGGUCCUCAAUGUCAAUCAAAAUUCAAUAUUUGUUUGAUAUUUAUUUGUGAACUAAUGUUGUUAACUGUAAUUAGUCAAUAUAUAUGUGAUUUGUAA